GAAGUCUUCCCUGAACUUGUGUACGAAUGGGAAGGUAAAUGUAAGAAAAAAAGUUGUAAACAAAAAAAAUUAAGAUUUAUUUAAAUAAAAAGUCAACAAACUCAUCAUGAGUUCAUCUAAACUUCUGCAUAAGAUCAAAUCAAUGGUUUUAAUAACAUCAUCGGCCACUGCACUUCUCGGUGGCUAUUGUUUUUAUAAAAACGAUGAGAGACUUUUCGACUAUGUUUUGAUGCCGCUGAUGCGUUUAUUUGAAGCCGAAAGGUCUCAUGAGUUGGCUGUGAAGACUUGCAAGUACAAAAUCCUUCCUUCAGUGGACUACAAAGAUCCAGAUUCGCUGAAUACUCGGAUGCAAAAUAUAUUCCUUAAGAAUCCCGUUGGAAUUGCAGCCGGUUUUGAUAAAAAUGCUGAAGCAGUUGAAGGUUUGGAUAAAAUCGGUUUCGGAUUUGUUGAAAUUGGGUCAGUCACACCUUUUCCUCAAUCUGGAAAUCAAAAACCGCGAGUUUUCCGGCUGAUCGAAGACGACGCAAUAAUAAAUCGCUAUGGUUUCAACUCAGAUGGACAUGAAACAGUUUGGAAACGUUUGCAACAAUUAAGAAGUCAUCAGAGAUAUGAAGGAGUUAUUGGUGUUAAUUUGGGGAAAAACAAAUCUUCAGAAGACGCUGUCAAGGAUUAUGUCGAUGGAGUUAAACUCUUUGGACCAGUUGCUGAUUAUCUUGUCGUCAAUGUAAGCAGUCCAAACACACCAGGCUUGAGGAAAAUGCAACAAAAAGAUACUUUGAAAGAUCUCCUUGUGAAUGUUGUCAAAGAAAACCUCGCGCUUGAUCUUCCACGGCCAAUCUUCUUAAAACUCUCACCUGAUUUAACUGAUACGGAACUUAAAGAUAUUUGUGGGAUUAUUAAAAAGAAGGAAUGUAAAGUCGAUGGCCUCAUUAUAUCUAACACAACAGUUGAUCGUUCGAUGAUUUUGCACAGUCAAUUUAACAAUGAAGUUGGUGGUUUGAGUGGUAAACCGUUGAAAGAAAAAUCAACAAGAAUGAUCAGUGAAGCUUACAAACUAACGCAAGGAAAAAUCCCCAUCAUUGGGGUCGGUGGAGUGUCAUCAGGUCAAGAUGUUUAUGAGAAAAUUCGUGCUGGUGCGUCAGCAGUUCAAAUCUACACAAGUUUCGCUUAUCAUGGGCCGCCAAUUGUCACUAAAAUCAAGAAAGAACUCGAAGAAAUUCUCAAAGAACAAGGUCACCAAACUGUCCAAGAUGCAAUUGGAAAAGGAAUUACUUAUCAGAGAAAAUCUUGGUUUGGAUUGUUCUAAAUGACUUUUUCUUUGAAUUUCAAUUUUUUAUAUUAAUUUUCGUUUCAUUCACACAAAAGUUUCACCUGAAAAAGUUCUAAACGGCAAUGGCUAUGAGUCUCACUUCUCAUUUUGUACUUUAAUAUUUUAUAAUUCAAUAAAGAAUUUAUUUGAAUUGAUUUAUUGAUCAAAUCUGUAAUCGU